AUGAGGGCGACUCUAGUCAGAAGAAUGGCUGGCCAUGGAAAAUAUCCACCAGUGAUUGACCCAGCAAUUGAGAAAUGGUAUCAUAUGAAGGAAAACACCCAUGCAUACUGGACAUUCAACAGUCAAACAUUGAAAUACUCUUUUGUCUUUGGACUGGCAAUCCCUGCUUUGGUCUGGUGGGGCUCUGAUUCGUGGGGCAAGUACUCUGUCAAACUAUGGGGAAAGAGUAGAGAAGAUACUGUAUUCCAACCUUCCAAAGUAUCAUCAGCAUAA